CGACUCGGACCCCGGGGCAUAUUUCGCCUUACCGCGUCGUUCAUGGGUGGCACAACUGUGCAAAAAUACAUAUUGCCAAGACGGUGGCCUUCAACAGUUGGUACUGCUAAUUUUUACGCCGGGGUUUAAAGCACAGUCGAGCAGCUAUCCGAGGCUUGGGCGCGAGAGACCCCUCGAUUAUACGGGCAUUGUUUACGUGCUGCGUAGCGGACAAGUCACUUGGGAAGUUCCUUGUCGUCGUCUUGGAGGCGAUGACCGUGGGGAUGCCGUCGGACCAGCUCUCCGAGAUCGCCGAGGCGCCGCCGGAGCAGCCCAAAGCCAGCAAGACAAGGGCAGCGCCGCACCAAGCCGCGAUUUCUGCCGAGGGGGGGCCGGCUGCGAAUGACGACGCGGAACAUGGGUUGCCGACACUUCAGAAGGCUGCAUCGCACUUCGGGGAUCGCCCGGAAUGCUUCAAGAACACCUUUCAAGAGAUCUCCUUCGUUUUUCAGGCGACCGUCGCGACCGCCACGACCUCGUUUCUGUCGGGCGUCGCCCUAAUCAUCACGGUCCCCGUCUCGCGCGAUCUGGGCAUGACCCAGGGCGAGAUAGCAUGGAUCAGCGCUUCGACGUCGCUUGUAGCCGGGGCACUCCAGCUCGGGCUGGGGCAGCUGGCGGACCUCCUAGGCCGGAAGGCCAUGUUCGUCACGGGCAUGGGAUCCUUCAGCGCGUUUGUGCUACUGGUCGCGUUUGCCCAGAACCCGCUCUGGAUGCUGGUGGUCUGCGGCAUCCUCGGCGCCUGUUCCGCCAUGGUAGUGCCUCCGGCCAUCGGGAUACUGGGCGCUGCCUAUGCGACGCCGUCGAAACGGAAGAACAUGGCCUUUUCAGCCUUCAGCGCAGGCAACCCGCUCGGCUUCGUUUUUGGCACCAUCCUCUGCGGUAUCGCGACCGAGCUUUCCAGUUGGCGCGCGGCGUUCAUCAUGCUGUGCAUCAUCUGGGCCGUCCUCACCGUCCAUGCCAUCUGGGCCGUCCCGAAUGUAGAGAAUUUUGACCGGGCUCCGUUUCGGGAGCGGCUGAAUAGCUUGAAGCACUUUGAUUAUGUAGGCACGAUGCUGACGGUUGCCGGGACGGGCAUGUUCACUGCGGGCCUAACUCUAGGUCCUGAGAUGGGUUGGAAUUGGGCGACCGUCAUCGCGUUGCUUGUCGUUGGCGUCGCUAUAUUGAUCUUUUUUGUGGUGUGGGAGAGGUCAUUUUCGACCCCCCUAAUGCCUCCAUACAUCUGGAAGGACCGGAAUUUCAGUCUUAUAAUCGGCGUCAUUCUUCUCGGCACCAUGAGCUUUACGGCGAGUGGCUUCUGGGUUGCCUUCUUCCUGCAGGAAAUUCAGGGUCUGACCACCCUCAUGGUCGCCGUGCGCCUCCUCCCGAUGGCCAUUGCGGGGCUGCUCUGGAAUAUCAUCGCGGGUCGGAUACUGCAUCGUAUCAAUAACACUGGCAUUAUGGUCUUCGGUGCUGCGUGCUAUGUCGGUGCUAGCUUAUUGCUCUCCUUCAUGAAGCAGGAGAGUAGCUACUGGGCCUUCAUGUUCCCUGCACUUGUCCUCAACGUUGCAGGGGCGGACUUCCAAUUUAAUGUUGCCAACAUGUAUGUGAUGCAAUCGCUGCCUAAGCACCAGCAGUCCCUAGCGGGAGGGAUCUUUAACGUCGUGAUCCGGUUGUCUAACACCGUCGUGAUGGGAAUUUCGACGGCCGUCUUCAGCACUGUUCAGCAGACCGCAGAAGGCACGGCUGAUCCAAUGCUGAAGUUCACGAGAACCUUUCAGGUAUCGGUAGCGUUUGCGGCAACGAGCCUCCUAGUAUCCCCUUUCAUCCGACUGGGGACGCAGGGCAACCACCCCAAGGAGACGAGGCCGGAGGAGACAGACCAGUCGGAGAAGUCUGCGGUGGUCAUCGUCGGUGUGGGGGACAGCGAGCAGGAGGACCAGAAACAGAAGACGUAGGUAGGCAGCCUCUGCGGUGAUUGCAUAUGCAGAGAGCCAGCCGGUUUACAUUCUACGACAGGCCAGAUGGAUGAAGCUACCUUGACCUACGUAGUACAGGGAGAUCCCGGUCCCCUCCCCUCCCCUCCCCUCCCGGCCUUACAAGUAUACCUAUACCUUUUUGUUGAAGCUGGCAUUAUUACACCCAACAAAUCCGACGCGGGUGGUCGGUGUCGUGUACGCGCAACAGCAAGCUCAAAUUGUAAAUCCUCAAGCCAGCCAGCCCGUCUAUUUCUCUCUGCUUCCUGGACUUUAUUUUUCUCAAGUCUACAUAUUUCUAAGGAAGCAGAUAAAGAUUGUGUUGGGAUACUAGUGGACCCUUCCAAACUGAACGGCUUUUCAGAAACUACUGACAAUGUCGCAAUACAUUUUCUUACACGUUAUCUUCCGCACACCCAUUCUAGCGUAUAAUCUUAGAGAAGCAAGGCGCAAAAAGAUUAUAUUAUGACC